CACGUUCUAUUAGAAUGAAAUUAGUCAAAAUAGUGAUGUUGUUAAUAAACUAAUUGCUUUCACAAUUUUUUAAUAAAAUUAUUUCUGUGGAACUUAAAAAUUUCUAAAAUUGAAGUGUAACAAGUUCGAAAUUAAUUGAGAGUGCUUAAUAAACAAUAUACAAUUGAUCAAAAUUGAUAUCAUACAUUUCUAACCAAAACCCACAUUUAGAAAUUUGAUAAAAAUGCAAUUAUCAACCAUACUUUUGAAGCGUGUUAAAAGCAAAGAUAUAAUGGUUCUGAUGGAAAGUGUUGCAAGUAAACAUAAAGUAGUUACUGUCCGGGAAAGACAAGGAGAUAAAAUGGAAUUUUUCAGAUUUGACCCAUACAUUCAAAAAAAUGCGCUUUACAAAGAAAAGAAAAAAAUAAAAAGUGUAUAA